AUGGCUCCUACCUCCAAGAAGAAAAUCACCGAAACUGCGCUUGCUGAAGCCACUUUCGCUACCCGCUUAUUGCACGGUGAUCAUAAAUUCGCUGGGAAUGGUGCAGUCGCACCUGAUAUCUCCGUGUCAACCACGUUCAAGCAGCGCGAGUUUCCUGGCGACCUGCCUCCAGAAUUUAAAGAUGUUGAUUCCCUCAAUCCCGAAUGCCACGUGUAUUCUCGGUAUACUCAGCCGGUCUUUACCCGCGUAGAGAAAGUUCUCGGGAACAUUUGUGGUGGCUAUGCGACUACAUACCGAUCGGGCCUUUCGGCUGCAUUCGCUGCACUGAUUUACUAUAAGCCUAAGCGUGUCGCUUUUCGGGAUGGAUACUUUGGCGUUCGUGAGGUGAUUUCCACUUAUCAGAAAGUUAACCCGGAUUUCAAAGUGAUCGACAUUGAUGAACCCUAUGUUCAAGGCGACCUGGUGUGGAUUGAAACGCCAGUGAACCCUACCGGCGAGGUGAAGGACAUUCAAUACUUUGCGGACAAAGCUCAUGCAACUUCUGCGCACCUUGUCAUCGAUGCGACCUUUGCCCCUCCACCUCUCCAGGACCCAUUCAAGUUCGGAGCAGACAUGGUCAUGCAUAGUGCGUCGAAGUACUUUGGAGGGCAUUCAGACUUGUUGGGUGGUGUUCUCGUUGUCAAAUCAGAGGAGGCGGCCGUCCAGCUUUGGAAAGAACGGGUUUUCCUCGGGAGUGUUAUGGGGUCUCUUGAAGCCUUCCUACUCCUUCGGUCUCUUCGCACUUUGGAGCUUCGAGUAUUAAAGCAGUCUAGAACUGCAGCUCAACUCGCACAAUGGUUAGAUCGUCUCGCCAGAGUGCCUGUGGGAACGGAAUGGGAUAGAGUUCCAGGAGGAAUUGUCACCAAAGUUUGGCACGGUAGCUUUCAACGACACGAUGUUUUCGUAGAGAAGCAAAUGACGGGUGGACAUUCACCUACGUUUUCGAUCCUUGUUAAAGAUGGAAAGGCCGCCAGGGCACUUGCACUCUCCUUGGCGUUCGUUACGAGUGCCACGAGUCUCGGAGGCGUCGAGUCUCUCAUCGAACAACGUCACGUAAUGGACCGUCGUGCUGAUCCCAAAUUGCUUCGGAUUAGUGUUGGUCUCGAAGACAUUGAGGACUUGAAAGCAGAUUUUAGGGAUGCAUUCAGGAGAGUCCUUAAGGGGGAGUCAAAGCUUUAGUUUGCCACUGGACAGUGGGAUGUGUACAUAUAUUGCAAAUCUAUCGGGCGCAGCCUAACGAUACUCAAUACUAUUAGCGCCGUCUACAGGUAGUUGCUGUCGUUGUAAUUCUUGGACUUCAGGCUGCCCCUGAGAGCGCCAAGGGCUGUUGCUGAAUUGAUG